AUGAAGCCAGGUGGAAUUAAAUCCGCAGUAUGGGACUUUUUUAGUAAAAGUAACGAUACCAAAUCAGUUACAUGUUCCUCGUGUAAAAACGAAUUUAAGUACCGUGGGAAUACCACUAAUAUGAAGAAACAUCUUCAGAGAAUGCAUACUCUACGGUGGAGUGAAAAUAAUGCAGCACCGUUUUCAUCUCUAACAGAUGAUGAAGAGACUCAAGUACCUAAAGUUAUCGUCGGUACAGAUGAAAUUGCACUUGCCUCUUUACAAGAACCAUGUCAUUCAAAGAGAAAAGCAGAAAAUGAAAAUCCAGUACCCGAAAGAAAGAAGUCAAAACAAUUAAAAUUAUUCGGUGUCCGAAAUACAAUGAGUUAA